AUGGUACAAACACGUCGUCGUAAACGUGGCAAAGUUUAUUUACAUGGAAUCAAUCGUAAACGAUUAUGGUUAAAAGAAAAACGUAAACGUGAAGUACGUGUACGUCAUUGUCCAUUGAUACGUUCAAAUUGGGAAUUAAAACAUUCGGUACCAACAAAUUAUCAUGAAUUUGCACUUGUUCAUGAUAUAAAAAAAUCGUUUCCUAUACCACAAACAAAAGAUUUAAUUAAUCCAAAAACUCUUAAAAAAUAUAUUAAACAAAAAGAAGAAAAUUCUGAUAAUGAUGAUGAUAAUGAUUGCCUACCUUUACCAAUAAUUGAUUCAACAAAACAAAAGAAAAAACGUCGACCAACUAAAGUUCAUAUUCGAGAUGAACUUGAAAAAGAUGCAAAUACAGAACGUGUUAAAUCAUUGAGAAUUUCUGAUCCAGAUCGAUUAUUUUGUAUUUAUAUGAUUGAAAAACAUGAUAUAAAUUAUGAAGCCAUGGCUCGUGAUCAUCACAAUGAUUAUCAAUUAACAGCACGACAACUUGAAAGAAAAAUCGAAAAAUUUAAAAAGAUUCCAAAAGUUUACGAACGUUAUUUAGCUGAAAAAGCCGAAGGAAAAAAUUUUCUAGCUGAAUUUGAAAUGGAUGAUUAA